AUGGCACUCUUCCUCGGCUACCUUUUGCUCGCGCUGUGCUGCGUCGCGCACGCCAGCCCGGUUUCCAAGAACGAGUCCAACAUCCUGCGAAUCGGGAGACCCCGGGAUGGCAGAGUGGGCAGGAUCGAGGCGGGAAAUUCGAACAGCAGCGAUUACGAGGCGGGAAAGCAAGCGUCGAAGGAUAGACGGGGCCCGCUAAUUGGAUUCAGCAAGAACAAUCCGGAGCUUGAUUGGAAGAACCAUCUGAAGCUGUUCGCCGAGGAGCAAGAACAGCGGCGAGAUCUCGAUAUCGACUUUGCGAAGAAGAAGCUCGAGAGGACGGCGAACAGUAUCCAGUGGCUGGCGGAUCUUUACGAUCCUCUCGAGUGGUCCAGAGUGCCCGGUAAACUCGGAGACGAUUGCAGCAAAGAGCUGGAAUUCUUCCUCGAGUCUCUCAAGGAUGGGAAGCUUUGGGCCGCCAAGAUGUCCGACGCCAGCGGCCGCUACUCGUCGCAAUUCCAUUUCGGAAACGGCUUCUGGCUCGGCUCGAGCACCCUCUGCAGAGAGCUGAACGCGUCCAUUGGGAAAAUUCGCCAGGACCUCGACGACUGGCCGCCUUACCCCGUGAAAUUUCACGUGGCCAGAAUGUACUUGACCCUGCCGAAGGAGCUCGAAUUAUCGACACGACAGGUAUUUUUGGGCCUUUGUCUGCCGGCUACGUGCGACCAGGCAUCCCUGACCUCGAUGCUGAGAGCCAGCGCGGAUCGGGUCGAACUCGAAGGCAACUCGACCUAUCGAUCCACCGGCCCGAAGAUUCACAUCGUUGCGGUGAAGCCUGUGCCUUCCAGCGAUUACAACCUCUGGCGCGAUCCCAAGUCGUACGUCCUCUCAGCAGUCGGUGGCACGGUGCUGUUCCUGAUGCUCUGCGCCACCGUCUACGAGUACGGGACGCUGCCAAACGCCAAGGACGCGGAAUCCUCCAGCGUGUCGAACAACAACGAGAGGCUGAGCAAUUUUUCCAACAAGAAUCUGAACCAGGAGAGCGGAGUGGCGCAGGAGAACGGAGAGGAGUUGAUCGAGAAAGGGAAGAGGUUGCAAAAAGACCUGGCCGAUCGAGCGAAAAAGGAGAGCAAGAAAGGCUUCUGGCUAACGUGUCUGACAGCGUUCAAUCCCAUCGCGAACGGAAGCAAGAUUAUUAGCACCGAGCCUGCCGCCAGAGAUAGCCUGACAUGUCUGCACGGCCUGCGAGUAUUCUCGUUGGGAUGGGUCAUCCUGGUGCACACCUAUCUUCAAGUCUUCGCCAUUGCCGAGAACAAGACUCUACGCACGGUCACAGAACGGAAUUUUAUGUUUCAAACGAUUAGCAACGCCACCUACUCGGUAGACACGUUCUUCUUCAUCAGUGGCCUGCUGGUUACCAUCCUGUUCUAUCGAUCUUCCGGGAGCUUGAAGACCGACACGGACUCCUUCUGGAAGACCUGCUUCACGAAAUUCGUUAUCAUGAUCCUCUAUAGAUUCAUCAGAUUGACACCAGCCUAUCUCUUUGUCCUGGGAAUAAACGAGAUCGCCAUCAAGCAUACCAUUGCAUGGACGGUAUUCUCGCCGACGGUUAUCGAUCAUUUGACAUGCGAGAAGUUCUGGUGGAGGAACGCGCUGUACCUCAACUCGCUCUACCCUCGCACGGAAAUGUGUAUGCUGUGGAGCUGGUACAUGGCAAAUGACACGCAGUUCUACGUUCUUGGAAUACUUUUGCUUCUUCUGUCUAUUAAGUACUUAAAGGCCAUCGUCGUCGUGGUUUUUCUGCUCAUCGUCUCCUCGUCGUUCACUACCUUCGCCAUCGCCUAUUCCAACGAUUACGUAGCCAGGAUCCAGGAACCGUUUGCUCUCUUCGACGAGCUCUACGAUAAACCCUGGCUAAGAGCUGGUCCUUACUUCGUGGGCGUUAGCACGGGUUACAUUUUGUUUAAAACGAAUUGUAAAUUGAAAUUGCCUCUGGUCGCACGAGCGAUCGGCUGGGUGUUAUCCAGCGCCAUAAUGUUCUCGGUAGUUUACGGCCUGUACCCCGGAAAUUUAACCGUGCCGGUGAGUUCCGUGUACGCCGCCUUGGGACACACGGCCUGGGCGAUCGGUGUAUCCUUCAUAGUCAUCCAAUGCUGCACCGGCUCCGCCAGGAUGAUCGACAGCUUCUUGUCGCUCAGACUCAUGUAUCCGCUAUCCAGGUUGACUUACUGCGCCUACCUGGUGCACCCCGUCCUCAUGACCUUCGUCGCUGCCCAAAUGGACGGGCCGUUGCACCUUCACAACACCGUCGUGCUGAUCCUGUACUUUGGCAACCUGGUCGCCUCCUACUUGAUUUCCUUCUGCAUUUCCAUGGCGUUCGAGGCGCCAGUGGUGAACCUGCUGAAGAUCGCGUUCGUCUCGAAGAAGAGGACUAGAUAGAGAUCGAGUCGACACGCGAUCGACGGAAAUAGUCGCAGCCCUUCGACGAAGGGAAAAAGCCCCGGG